GGCCACUAAAUAGGAAAGAUGACAAACAAGUCAAUAAGUCUCGACUUUUAACAAACUUAUUGAGAGGUUUUGAAAUAAUUAUCAUGGCACUAGUUUCGUCCAAAUUAAUGUUUCGAGUCAUCUAAAUCAAUAAGGAAAUGACCAUAUAGAGUCACAGACCAUAUUAAGUUGAUAUGGUUGCUCAUUUGAGCCUAAACUUCAAUGCAAACCAAUUUGAAUGAACUGACACUUUAGAAAAUGAAAGAGAUGACGAAUGAUUGGUAAAAUUGACUUUAUCUUUUGUUUUUAUCAUAAAUAACAUUAAAGACUGAACACAUUGUGAAUAUAACAAUUUAUCAUACGGGUAGUAAGUAGGUACGAGCGGAUUAUUUACAUAUAAUACUAUUUACGGGAAUUAAACAAACAAUGAAUCCAUGAUGCCAUCUCCGCAACAUGAGGUGCUCGAUGGUUCUUUUGAUCGAAGAGCAAAAUGCGUUAACAAUCUUGUUCUAGAUGGUCCAUACUGUAUUCUUCCUCGAGCCAGUGUACCACUACCUAAAUAUCGCUUUAUAAUCCACCAUGCUCAUGUAGCCACCUCUUACACCCUCACACCACAAUAGAUCUUUCUCAUUUACAAGAGCUUAAGCAUGUAGGUUACCAAAGUUACAAUUCAAAACUCAAACUAACGAAGAAUUGCUCUAAAACUUGUAGUAUCAACUGUCAUAGAGUGACCCUAGUCUAACCACAAUCACUACAUCUCCAGUCGUGGAGGCAGAUAGACCAAACUUGCGUCUGAUCGUAUCAGAGAGUUGCUACCAUGUUAGUCAUUCCAGAACUCAAGGGGCGGUCAAUAUGAAAAUCAAAAGUUCAGACCACCAUUUCUUCAUGACCCUAAACUUUAAGGGUACCUUUUGUAAUUGUCCCUGAGAAAUGAAGGCACUACUUAUACAUUACACGCCUUCCCAAUUCCCAUCCCAAGUCCAAAUAACAAUUUACCAAUACAAUCCCAAACGUAGCAAUCCCUCUCUUUUUUUAACACACGCUCUUCUCCACUUCCAUCGCUUUCUUUCCCUCUCCGCUCCUUCAUUUCUCCCCGCUUUCUCUCCCAAUUCAACCAAAAACCAGAUCACCCCCAGCAAUCACCAUGGCCGGAAUCGGCGCAACCGCCGUCGCCCUCCUCCUAACAAUCACCGCCCUCCUCUCCCCCGCCGCCGCCGCGGCGAAAUCCAGGACAUUGUACGAGAUCGCCUGCGAAAUGUGCAACACCUGCUGCGGAACCACUCCGACCCCGUCACUGCCGCCACCUUCCCCUCCUCCGCCGUCCCCACCACCGCCGGCGACAACACUCUGCCCCCCGCCGCCCACCUCGCCGUCAUCGUCCGGCGGAUCGUACUACUACUCCCCUCCGCCGCCGUCCUCCGGCUACUACCCACCGCCGGCGAAGGGAGGCGGCGGCAUCGGCGGCACAUACAACUACCCGCCGCCGACGUACAAGAACUACCCCGGUCCGCCGCCGCCGAACCCGAUCGUCCCUUACUUCCCUUUCUACUACUACAGCCCGCCGCCGCCCGGCAACUCUGCCGCCGGCUUGAUCAUCAGCUCCCCUUUGCUCCUCCUCUCUGUUCUGCUCUGUUUCCUCAUUCAGACAUAGAAACAGGGGAAGGGUAAAAAUUGAUUGGAAAUUUUACUCGAGUUAGCGGAAUAAUUCACCAGGGUUGGCCAGAUCUGAGUGGGAGAGCUUCAGCCAUGGGAGAAAGAAACGGAAGGGAAAUGGCAUUGGAGACAACGGAGAUUCCAAUUCCCGAAGGUGGCGCGGAAUCCAUGGCGGGAUUUGUGGUGAGGAAAAAAAAAUGAGCUGUAACAGGGGGAGCUUCCUCUGCAUCUGGUAAUCUGCUGAACAAUUAAAAAAAAAACGUAUUUGUAUCUUACUAGGGAUUUUAUAGAAAUAUUUUCGUUAAUUUUCAGGAUCUUUAUGUUUUAAAAUUUGCAAUUUGUAUGUAUGAUGGAUUUGGGAGAAUGACAAGUAAUUAGUUUCUAAUUAGUACCCAAUUUUUGCCCCCUGAUAAAUAAUCUCCCGAAUUAGAUGUUUUCAAUAGCACUUUUUGCUAUGUUCUUGAUUAAUUAAUCGAUAAUGUAAUGGGAAAUGAUGAGUGGGAUUAGUGUGUUCUAAUUGAAGUGAGAGUGUCGGUAGUGGGCAGGUUCGUUGGUUUCUGGUUCUGGUCAGUCCGGUUGUUAGCUGUUUUACGGUUUGAUAGGAAUGAAUUUUAUGGGUGAAG